GUUUCCGACUGCCGACUGACGUCAAACUGAUAAUAAUGAUAAUGAUACCCAUAAUGAUAAUGAUAAGCUCCAGCCCACCACCUUUGCCCCUCCUGCCCCUCAACCAAAUACACCCACAAACCCAAACUCCAUCAACCUCACUACCUCACACCCUAUCAACAAGAAAAAGACGAAACAAAAACAAAAUGACCACCCCACUAACAAUCCCCAAACCGCUCCUCUCGCAAUGGCUCUCCCAAGACCGUCUCUACGCACAGUCCUACAUCCGCUUCAUCGGCCUACUGCUGUCCAAAAUCCGACUCCCACCUCACAACCCGGACAGCUCGAAGCCUCGCACCUCGACAGCCGAGCACCGCGCCAUGGAGGUGCUUAUCGACGCGCUGGUGAAUAUCCGCACGGAGCUGCAGUUCUUCGAGGACACGGCGGAUGAGUACGGGCUGGAUUUAACGGCCUUGCCGGUCGCCAUGGAGGACGAGGAGCGGGAGCGGGGCGAGUGCGUGCGCGGCGAGGAUAAGGCCGAAGAGUCGUACUUUGGGCCGAAUCGGAUUACCCAGGCGUAUAUCGAUAUGUUUAUGUCGGCGGGGAGUGCGGCGACGAGUCUGCUGGAGGGGAUGGUCGUGCUGUGGGCGACCGAGGCGUGUUAUCUGCAGGCAUGGCGGUUUGCGGCGUCGUGUGGGGCAUCUAGGAAAACGACGGCCGGCCCGGAGCAGGACGCCGAUGGGGGUGCCCUGCGGACGCGGUUCAUACCGAACUGGACGAGUCCCGAGUUUGAGGCGUUUGUGCGGCGCAUCGGGGAUGUGGUGGAUGAGCUGGCGGGGCAGAUCAAGGGGGCCGAGGAGCGUGAGAACCUGAUGGGUCGCUGUGUGCAGUGGUGGCGGCAGGUGGUGUGGUUGGAGGAGAGAUUCUGGCCGGUUGUCAAGGUAGACUAGAUUAGGGUCUGUAGGGAUAAUUGAUAAAAGAUAGAAAGCAAAUAUCAUUACAGUUCGUCCUAAUCGUCGCGUCGUCCAGAGACCAGACCCCCCAGUACUCCGUACAUGACAUAGCAAGCAAGCAACCCAACGCCAGGCCUUUCGUUCCUGUUGUAAAUGCAUCAAUCCAUCCCUCUGCGAACCCCAGGCUUCUAUCCUGUGGACAUAUAAAGAAAGACUCCGGACGGCCGGAUGUGCUGCCAGAGCCCGACGCGAAAGAAAGCAAAGCAGAAAACAAACACACAGCAAUGCAUCAGUUUGCAACAUGUCAGACUUUUUGAACCAGCAAAUCUUAGUCGAAUACAAUCGGUAUAGGUGUACAUAGAAUACAUAAGUCAUCCAUUAGCGAGCGGAUCAAGAGGUCGCUGCACUCGCGCGAGCGGUAUUGCUCAGUUGCCGAUGGUAUGAUCCAAUCGGCUGGAAA